AUGGAGUGUCGGAAGAACAACAAUGAGAGGGAGCGAAAAAGUAUAGCUGAAUUGCGUGAGCAACUACAUCAGAUCGAAUCGGAGCGUAUGGAAUCUGUCAUUAACAUUGGUAUCUCCAAGAGAGGAAAUUCUAUGUUUGCAGAGGAUAGUAAUUUCGCCGAGGAACGCCUCAAGCUGGAAUCCGAUUUUAAGCUACUGUACUCCAGAUAUCUACUCGUUAGUGAGGAAAACUGUCGGCUUUACGGUGAGUUCGACGAAGCACGACUUUUCGCUUCUCGACAAAGCGGAAACGAGGCAGCUGGACGAUGUCGAUGCUACUACAUGUCUACAGAAUUAGUUGAACUCAGAGCAAGACUACAAACAAUGGACUAUCGGUUGGCACGUGCGCAGAAUGAUCUUAUCGAUUUAGCGAAGACGAAAUGUGGCACUGAUCCGUUGCUGAAAAGUUACUAUAGAUCCUUGAAGCUUGAAAUGGAGUCUCUACGUCAGGAACGAAACAAAUUGCGCGACGAACGAAAUAAACUAUUGGACGAGAAUGCUUCCCUAGCUAAAUUCAUGGAAGUCGCCAAGGAUGACAUAGAGCGUCUUAAGAUGCAGUUAUCAAUGUUGAGAGAGAAUGGUCGGAAGAAGGAUGCUACUGAAGUAUCGCAAUUGGUAUACGGGACAAAUGCAAGUGAUGGAGCAAAAAUUUCUGCAGCUGUAUCUGCUCUUGAGUGGACAGCUACUUCAACUGAAGAUCACAAGAUUGUAAAUACCGUGAAUGAAGAAAAACAGAUCCUGUCCUUUCAGGUGCAAAAUCCUCAUGGGUUUACAGAUCAUGAUAAGGGUGUGACAAAAGCUGAACCGCUCACGCCUCUUUUCCUUAACGAAAAACAUAAGUGA